AUGGGCGAGGAUAACGACAACAGCCCCGAGGAACAGCCUCCCCCUCUCCCUCCGCGCCCUUCCCUCGACUCGAACAACUCGAUAGACGCGAGAAUGGCCAUGGCCGCCGCCACCACCGCCGUCACGCCCCUCGACAUCCAAACCCUCUCCUUCCCCGAUGGCUCGCGCGGUACUUUCUCGACCCCAGGCACGAGGCGGCCCUCGGCCUCUGGUGUCUCGUCCUCCCGGAGAGGGAGCGGCCAGGUGACACCGACCCGCACGGUGAACGAAGGGGAAGACUCGAUGAGCAUAGCCAGCUUCGCGCCCACGCUGCGCCCGCCCGGCGACAUCGCAAGUCUGCUCGUGGGGGAGUUCAGCAAGCGGAGCCCUGCGUGGAACCUGCUCAGGUCGCAGUCCGCCACGGUGCCGCCGUUCGAGAGUUUGCGGAUGGACGAUACCACGCGAAACCUGGCCGGCUUCGAGAACGAGUUCGACGAGCUUCCCGAUGAGGCCGAUGAGGCCUUCCAAGACGAAGACCGGGUGACGAUUUGGAAGUCCAAGUUGAAACAUUACAUGAUCCUAUCGUCCGCAGGGAAACCCAUCUACAGUCGCCACGGAGAUCUGGGCCUCAUCAACUCGUCCAUGGGCGUCAUUCAAACCAUCAUAUCCUUCUACGAAGGGGCUAAGAACCCCUUAUCCGGCUUCACGGCUGGCCACACGCGGUUCGUCAUUGCGACUCAGGGGCCGCUGUACUUUGUUGCCAUCAGCCGUCUGGGAGAGAGCGACUCUCAGCUCAGAGCGCAACUUGAAGCUUUAUAUAUGCAAAUUCUCUCUACUCUCACCCUUCCAACCCUCAAGAACAUCUUCGUUCACCGUCCGUCGACCGACCUGCGGAAACCCCUGGAGGGCACGGAGCCGCUCAUCUCAUCACUCGCCGACAACUUCACAAAAGGCUCGCCCUCCGCACUGCUCGGCGCCCUAGAGUGCCUCAAACUCCGCAAAUCCCAAAGACAUGCCAUUAACAACGCGUUCCUCAAACAGCGCACAGAAAAGCUGCUCUACGGCCUCAUCGUCGCCGGCGGCAAGCUCGUCAGCGUCAUCCGCCCCCGCCGCCACUCCCUCCACCCCAGCGACCUCCAGCUCAUCUUCAACAUGCUCUUCGAGUCCGACGGCAUCAAGUCCGGCGGCGGCGAGAACUGGGUGCCCCUCUGCCUCCCCGCCUUCAACAACCGCGGCUACCUCUACAUGUACGUCAGCUUCUUCGACGGCGUCGACGGCGACCAGGCCACCACCACCCAGGACCCCGCCGCCAACAAGGACGAGGAGCUCGCCAUCAUCCUCAUCAGCCCGGACAAGGAGUCCUUCUUCGAGCUCAAACAGAUGCGCGACAACGUCGCCGCCUCCCUCGCCCAGUCGGGCCACCUCGCCAUCAUCCAGGCCGCCGCGCGCACCGGCCGCUCAAAGACCGUCGACAUCGCCCCCGGCGGCCAGAUCUCCCACUUCCUCUACAAGUCCCGCGCCAACGUCCAGUUCAGCAUGUCCGCCCUCGACCCCGUCUUCUCCUCCCUCAUCCCCCGCCGCCGCCUCAUGACCCUCUACCACCAGCUCCACGCCGCCGUCCACGCGAAGCACUCCCACAUGCGCGUCCUCCACUCCGUCUCCGAGGACGCCACCUCCCUCGCCUGGAUCACCCCCAUCUUCGAGUUCUACUGCGUCGCCGGCCCCAACAUCAGCCGCGCCGUCGUCACCCAGGGCGCUAACAAGGUCAUCCAGUGGGCGCGGCGCGAGGAGGAGAGGAUCUUCAUCAUAGGCGGAGGUGUAUUCUAA